UCCACAGGCAGACGGCAUCACCUUGGCCGGGUGUCGUCAUUGGCUGCCUAUGAGAAAAGCUACAGGACAAUGCAUACCACCGACUGCGGGCUGUAAACAUAGGGGAUAUGUGUUCACUUAGCAUGGACUUCUGGGAGGGGCCAAGGAAGGGCGGGCUGCAGUUUUAUUGAAUAGAGCAGUGUGCAUUAGGCUGCCUGCCUGCCUGCCGGCUGGCUCGCUUGCUGUGCUCCUGCUUAAAGGAAAUCGGUCCUCUCUUUGCAGCUCAGUCCCGGGGAAGAAGUUCCAGUCUCGAGACAUCAUUAAAACAUUUCAAGAUCGUCAAACCGAAUUCCAUAAGCAUUGGUGAUUAACCGGAAGUCUCAGAAGUGGACCUCUGAUUGCUUAACUCUCCAGACGCGAUCUGGUCUCCCUGGAAAGCACACCAUGGAUGAUUUUGAACGUCGCAGAGAACUUAGGAGGCAAAAGAGGGAGGAGAUGCGGCUGGAAGCAGAGAGAAUCGCCUACCAGAGGAACGAUGAUGACGAGGAGGAGGCAGCCCGGGAACGGCGCCGCAGAGCCCGCCAGGAGAGGCUGCGACAGAAGCAGGAGGAAGAGUCUCUGGGGCAGGUGGCCGACCAGGUGGAGGUUCAUGCCCAGAACAGUGUGUCCAACGAGGACUCCAAGCCAAGCACCACAAGCACUCAGGUGGAAGGCGACGAUGAGGCCGCACUGCUGGAGCGUCUGGCUCGACGAGAGGAGAGACGCCAGAAACGACUGCAGGAAGCCCUGGAGAGGCAGAAGGAGUUCGACCCGACUGUAACAGACGCAAGCGCAUCCCUCCCCAGCAGAAGGAUGCCAAAUGACACAGCAGAAAAUGAAACGGCCGAGAAGGAGGCGAAAGCUGAAAGUCGCCGGGAAAGAUAUGAGACAGAGGAAACCAAGACGGUCACCAAAUCCGAGCAGAAGAAUGACUGGAGGGAUGCUGAGGACAAAAAGAAAGACGAGAAAGAAAGGGAAGAUGGGGAAGAGGAGAAGUCCAAGCAAGAGAGCGUUGGAGAAAAUCAGGUAGAGGCGAUGGGAGAAGAGAAAACAGCAGAACCCCAGGCGGAGCCGGUGGUAAUGUCAUUGAAAAAUGGGGAAGUCGGUGUGGAAGAGGCGAAACCAGAGCAGGGUGCGGAUGGUGUUGCUCGUGAUGAAAAGAUGGAACAGGAGGCGAGGGAGAGAGCUGAGGCAGAGAGGGGGAGGUUGGAGGAAGAAGAAAGACUUAAAGCUGAGCAAGAAAAAAAGAGGGCAGAAGAACAAGCAAGGAUUGAAGCAGAAGAAAAAGCUGCACAAGAGAGGGAGAGGAGGGAGGCGGAGGAGAGGGAGAAGGAGGAGAGGGAGAGGAGGGAGGCAGAGGAGAGGGAGAGGAGGGAGAAGGAGGAGAGGGAGAGGAGGGAGGCAGAGGAGAAGGAGAGGAGGGAGGCAGAGGAGAGGGAGAGGAGGGAGAAGGAGGAGAGGGAGAGGAGGGAGAAGGAGGAGAGGGAGAGGAGGGAGAAGGAGGAGAGGGAGAGGAUUAAAGAGGAAGAAAGGAGAGCGGCAGAGGAGCGGCAACGGGCCAAGGCAAAGGAGGAGGAGAAAGCUAGGCUAGAAGAGCAAAAACUUAAAAAGCAGCUGGAAGAGAAAAAAACUGACCUGCAAGAGAAAAAGUUAAAGGGGGGGAAGGUAGAAGACAAAACAGAAGGGAAGUCGGUAAAUGAAAAGAAGGUGCAAGAAGAUAAACUUCAGACAGCUGCCCUAAAGAAGCAGGAAGAAGAGAAGAGAGCAAAGGGACAAGCUCAAAAAGAAAAGUCCCCAGAGGACAAGCCUGCCUUCAGAAAGGAAGAGGUCAAGGACGAGAAGAUUAAGAAGGACAAAGAGGCCAAAGAAGAAGUUAAGAGCUUCAUGGACAGAAAGAAGGGAUUUACAGACGUGAAGUCGCAGAAUGGCGAGUUCAUGACUCAUAAACUUAAACAUGCCGAGAAUACUUUCAGCCCCGGCCGCUCCGGAGCGAGACCCAGCGGGGACGCUCAGGAGGCUGAAGCCGGCAAGCGGCUGGAGGAGCUGCGCCGCCGCCGCGGGGAGACCGAGAGCGAGGAGUUCGAGAAGCUCAAACAGAAGCAGCAGGAGGCGGCCCUGGAGCUGGAGGAGCUGAAGAAGAAGAGGGAGGAGCGAAGGAAAGUCCUGGAGGAGGAAGAGCAGCGCAAGAAGCAGGAGGAGGCAGACCGGAAAGUUCGAGAGGAGGAGGAGAAAAGAAGGCUAAAGGAAGAGAUUGAAAGGCGACGGGCAGAAGCCGCUGAGAAGCGGCAGAAGAUGCCAGAAGACGGCCUGUCAGAUGACAAGAAGCCAUUCAAGUGCUUCACUCCUAAGGGUUCAUCUCUCAAGAUAGAAGAGCGAGCAGAGUUUUUGAACAAGUCUGUGCAGAAAAGCAGUGGUGUCAAAUCAACUCAUCAAGCAGCAGUCGUGUCUAAGAUUGACAGCAGACUGGAGCAGUACACCAGUGCAAUCGAGGGAACGAAAGCUGCAAAAUCUACAAAACCAGCCGCCUCGGACCUGCCUGUCCCUGCUGAAGGUGUGCGCAACAUCAAGAGCAUGUGGGAGAAAGGGAACGUGUUUUCCGCCCCCACUGCGUCAGGCACCCCGAACAAGGAAACCGCCGGCCUGAAGGUAGGAGUUUCCAGCCGCAUCAAUGAAUGGCUAACCAAAACCCCGGAUGGCAGCAAGUCACCUGCCCCCAAGCCUUCUGACUUGAGGCCGGGAGAUGUGUCCGGCAAGCGGAACCUCUGGGAAAAGCAAUCUGUGGACAAGGUCACUUCCCCCACUAAGCAGGUCUGAGGCAGUUCAAGAAAGAACCCAAACUCAAGACCCUGGACCAGCUCAACUGUAGAGGGCUAAUUUGCUCUGUCUUAUAUUUAUGGUGAUUUACUAAAUUGGGUUCAUCUUCCUUUGUUUUAUUUUACAAUAUCCCAGUAAACCCAUGUAUAUGAUCACUAUAUUUAAUAAUCACAGUCUAGAGAUGUUCAUGGUGAAAGUACUGCCCUUGCACAGGAGCCUGUUUCUAAAGAAACCCAUGCUGUGAAAGAGACUUUUCUACUGAUCACCCUGAUUCUGUCUGAACAGUGAUUCCAACCACAUUGGAAAUCAGCACAAAGAGAUCCAAGUUGAAAAUUGCCUGAGGAAUGUGUGCAGUAUCUAGAAAAAUGAACCAUGGUUGUCCUUUUAAAUACAGAAGUCAUGUUGUUUCUGCACUUUAGAAUAAAGCAUGGGAGAAAUGAUCGUAGUAGGCAAUUGUAACUCUUUCUGAAAGUAACCCAUUUCAGAUUUUAUAUACUGCAAUGAUUGUCUUUAAAAAAAAAAAGAUGUACUGUUAAGGUAUUACUUUAUUUCAUGCUGAUGCAUAUCUAAAUUGGAUUAUUCUGUUAGCUGACAGUGGUACUGAUUUUUUUUAGAUUGGUUUGUGGAUUUCUUUAGUAGUAACAGUAGCCUGAACCACAUCUUAGAUUACUCGAUGAUGUAUGUAUGUGCAUAUACAUAUAUAAACACACUAAUGAUAGAAUGCUUUUUUAUGUGCUAGACAAUUAUAUUUAGUAGUAUGUCCUUGUAACUAGCCAAUAUCACAGCUUUUUAAAAAAUUAAAAAUCACAGUAUUAUAUUAAUAUUUCAUAUUUGCCAAUAGAAACAUGGCAGAUAGGUAUCGAUAUGUUUUCAAUGCCCAGUGACCUGUAAGAAAAAAAAAAGUAUUGAAGAAAAGAGAGACUAGAAGUGUCAAAACAAGUUGAAAUCUUCUAUAAGACAUAGUAUUUAGUUUAUAAUUAAAAGCAGGCUUGAAGUCCAGUGUGAAUUUUACUAAAUCUACUAUCUGAAUCAAACUCACAACCUGGUUAUUCAUCACAAAGUUCAUAAAAAUUGGUGGACGUGAUAUCUAAGGUCCUUUCCUUCAGAAAAAUUUAAAGAGUUUUAGUGACUGUAUUACACAUGGAAUUCCACGCAUGGGUCUAAGCAAAGACCAGUGUUUGCUAAUGUCUGGAAGUAAAGAACUAAAAUGAACACAAUCCAGUAUUUAGGAGGCAGGACAACAUUUCCAUUUUUAUAUACUCUGAAAUGUUCUUAAAAUUAAUCUUUUCUACCUUUAUUAGUCAGUGGUACUUGUCAUAUGUUGAUAAUUUGACAAAAUUUCAAAAGUAUAUUUAACUUUUACUAGUUACAUAUUAGUUUACUAGUGAGUCUUUAUUGAUUCACUGCUUUUACACACACAAUCCAGAUAUCAGGUCUUAUUUUAGCCUAUAAGUUUUUAUUCUUCAUAAUAGAUGAUGGAAAAUUGCUCCAGCGUCUUGGCCAAAUGUUCUCUAUAGACGUCUACAAGUAGUAUAGUUCUAUAAACUCAUACCUCAGCUGACUUAACCAAAAUUGUUUCAGUCUCUGUCCCUACCACAAUAAGAGGGCCUCCCAAGGGACAAUUUUCUCAUCAACGAAACUCCUCCAGUAGAGCUCACCCGGGGAGGCGGGCAUGAGGAGGGAUCCCCGCUUACAGGUAGUUGAAUCCUAGCUUUUGGCAGACAUGGGCCACCAAGAUCGCACAAGUCGUUCACCCGUGACAGAGUAGACACACGUCUAUGUUCAGAUAAACUAGAACUUAACCUGAAACUCCCUAUUUAGCCUUAACUACCAUCAUUGGAGUGAGAUGCAGCCAAGUUUGAGGUAACGUUGCUGUGUUGAACUUUUGAACAAGAGCUUUUCCUGAUUGCUAUUAUAUAUUUUUCUAGAAAGUGUAAAGUUGAGAAGAGAAUGUAUCAAUCCAGACUUUUAUUCCGGUAUUUGGAUGGAAUAAAUUUUAGGGUAGAAUUUUGUUCUGUUUGGAUUUAAUUUGUUUGAAAAACAAACUCAUUGUUUACUUGUUCAAUUAGAAUUCUCUGUUAUCUUUAAGAAGUAAAACUGCAAGCUGACUAGCAUGUUCUGUGAAUCUGCCAUUCAUAAAAACUUUAUGAACACUUGGUAUUUUUCACUGAUAAUUGAUCGCUGCAAUAAAAGUAUAUUGUGAAAAUGCAUCUACAAUAAAUGGAAUUCCUCCAAA